GCUUCAUCCACCCAUGAUCUAUAAACCCCUUUCCUUCUUCAUCUCUGAAAUCUUGAAUAAAGCUAUUUGAAAUUUAUUCAUCUGAGGAAGAUCGAAGUAAACUAAUUUUUUCGCUGCGCAAAGAAUAUUGUUCAGAGAAUUAUACCCAUGUUUCUUAAACCAAUAAAAUUGGAAAUUUAUUCUGCUUUUAAUAAUUUUCAUAAUUUGAAAUUUGUGCAUCCAAUUAAACAAUCUUUUCCUUUCAUCAUUUUCUCCAAUUUAAAAUUUCAAUUAUUCACUUUCAUCGAAAUCAAUGGCCUCCAAGAAGAUUCAAUAGGCUCAAGCAAGAAUGUUAAAGUUGACAAGAAUCUAUCUUUCCAAGAAUGGAGAAAUGUCUAUGACAUAUUCGAAACAAUGUCUCUGUGAAAGCCCAGACUCAGACAGAGUUUCAACUACAUUAUCAAUAGCUUGCUCUAUGCCACUUCUAGUGAGCACAUUGUUAGCUGCUUUCUCUCCCUGGCAUUUUCAAAGUUACUACCACCAAAGGCAGAGGUUAACUUUCUCUCUCUCUCUCUCUCUCUCUCUUUCUCUCUCUAUUUUUAUUGUCCAUUUUAAUUUAGAACAAUUUUAAAGUUGCCCUCAAGGAGGAAAAAGAAUCCAGAACUCAGUUUAGUUAGACUAAGUAUUCUACCCCUUUAAAAUAUAGAAAUUAAAUAUUGUUUGAGCUAAAGUCUUGAUCACCUUUUCAUUAGUAUAUAUAUAUAUUUUCUCAUUAGAAAUGACGAAGAAUGUGAAAUCUCUUUCUCCAUCCAGAUAUUCAAAAUAUUGUGGCAAGCAAUAUUUCCACUUUGGGAUUCGCAAUUUCUUAGAACCAAUUCUUUCCUCUUGACCAUUUCUUAAGCGUUCACCAAAUUACUUUAGAUGUCAACUUCUAUUCAAUUGCCGAAUGGCACUACCCACAUUGCCAUGGCGUGGAAUACUAAUCUACCCGUGUUUUCUUUUAUCUUCUUCUUACCGUUUACAUUUGAUUAUAGGAAUUUAAAAUUUUAGCUCAUUCAAAAAGUCAUUUCAAGCAGUUUUCUAAUCAAUUUAGUUGACCUCUUCAAUACAGUCUGUUGCUGUUUACUUUUCUUGUUGCUGUUUACUUUUCUUGUUGCUAUAAACCCCAGAUGAAAUGGGUUAUGAUGCUAAGACCAGUUCUUGUUUUUGUUAUUAACGCGAAAUUCUAUUUUAAAAAAAAAAUAAUCUAUAGGAUGGGUAUGACCCUCAGCUCUAAUUCUUACCUUGAAUCUGUAAAGCCGAAUUUCUUGUCUUCAUUUUGUUUGAAAUAAUCGUCGACGUUGACCUAUUAUCAUGGACGUAUGUUUAGAGUUUAUUCAAUUGAAAACUAAAUUAAUUGUGAACAUGAUUAAACUAAACUUUUUGAAAAUGAUCACAGAAUAUGUAAUUGUCCAAUGUGCGGUCCAAAUCCUACCAACUUUAACUUGAAAUGACAUGCCAACAACUUGAAACAAAUAUGGCCUAGUAUUUUUUGGUGAUAGCUUGCUGAUUGAGAACACAUUAGUGUCUAUCAUUUGUGGAUAACGAAAGAUCAAUUCAACUAAUUAAACAAAUGCCGGCUCAGGCCGUCGCUUUUGAAAAUUAAUUUCAGUACUCGGUCAUCUCAAUUUCAACUACAAUGUAUAGUUUAUGCUUAUAUAUAGAGAUAUAAAGUACAAACCAAGUCACAGGUCCCAUUAGUGUCUAACCAAAGUUUCAAGUUUUGAAGGAACAAUGAAGCUCAUUAAUGGGGUUCCUGUUCUUCAUUUGAUCUUGCUUGCAUGGUGUCUUUUGGCAUUCCAGGCUAGACCAGCAUCUGUUGGGAGGUCCACCUAUAUCGUCCACAUGGACAAGUCUCACAUGCCCAAUACCUUUGCUAGCCACCACCACUGGUACUCCACCACUGUUGAUUCCAUAAAAUCAGCCGGUCACACAACAUCAACCGGUCAUCAAUCCAAACCAGAGCUUGUCUACACUUAUGAUAAUGCAUUUCAUGGUUUCAGUGCACUGUUGUCUCAAGAUGAACUAGAGACUCUAAAGAAUUCCCCAGGGUUUGUCUCAGCUUAUAGUGAUAGAGAAGUCACACUUGAUACCACCCACAGCCUUGAUUUCCUCUCCCUCAAUCCUUUUAGUGGCCUAUGGCCAGCUUCAGACUUUGGCAAAGACGUCAUCAUUGGUGUCGUCGACACCGGUGUUUGGCCUGAGAGCAAAAGCUUCAAUGACAAAGGAAUGACCCCAGUCCCCUCUAGGUGGAAGGGUAAGUGUGACGAAGGACAAGAGUUCAAUUCCUCAUUGUGUAAUUUGAAACUCAUUGGAGCUAGAUACUUUAACAAAGGUAUUAUAGCUGCAAAUCCGAACAUCACAAUCAGCACGAACUCUGCAAGGGACACUCAGGGCCACGGCACGCACACUUCCUCCACAGCUGCUGGAAAUUAUGUGGAAGGCGCUUCAUACUUUGGCUAUGCAAACGGGAUAGCAAAAGGGGUUGCCCCCAGUGCUCGGGUGGCCAUGUAUAAGGUCAUUUUUGAUGAAGGACGGUAUUCUUCUGAUGUCCUCGCGGGUAUGGACCAGGCUGUAGCUGAUGGCGUCGACGUGAUAUCGAUUUCAAUGGGUUUCGAUGAGGUACCUCUGUAUAAGGAUCCUAUUGCCAUAGCUUCCUUUGGAGCCAUGGAGAAGGGUGUGGUUGUGUCAUCUUCAGCUGGCAAUGCUGGCGCCUCUCUUGGACAAUUGCACAAUGGGAUCCCAUGGGUCUUGACCGUCGCAGCAGGCUCAAUCGACCGGUGGUUUGCUGGAACCUUAACUCUAGGAAAUGGUUUAACAAUCACCGGAUGGAGCAUGUUCCCAGCAAAUGCUUUGGUGUUAGAUCUCCCUCUCAUUUACAACAAGACUCUGUCUCCAUGCAAUUCAACUGCAUUGUUGUCUGAAGCCCCUAAUCGUGGCAUCCUCAUAUGCGAUGGCACUGGGACAUUUUAUAGCCAAUUAGACACUGUCUCACAGUCAAAUGUGGCCGCAGCUAUAUUUAUCUCUGAUGAUCCUGAAGUACAUGAAUUCAAUGAUUUCUACAUUCCUGGAGUUGUGAUUCGCUCUAAAGAUGCCACAGCUGUGAUAAAAUAUGCUGAGAGUGGAAAUAGAUCAACAGCGAGCAUGAAGUUCCAACAGACCAUUGUAGGGACAAAGCCUGCCCCUGCUGUUGCUUCAUACACUUCAAGAGGUCCUUCCCCGAGCUAUCCAGGCAUCUUGAAACCGGACGUAAUGGCACCUGGGACACUAGUUUUAGCAUCAUGGAUUCCAAACGGUCCAGCAAGUGCUAUUGGCUCAAAUAUUGUGUUGUCCGGUGAUUACAAUAUUGUCUCUGGGACAUCCAUGUCUUGUCCUCAUGCUUCGGGCAUCGCUGCGCUCUUAAAAGGCGCACACCCAGAAUGGAGUCCAGCUGCUAUUAGGUCUGCCAUGAUGACCACAGCCAACCCUUUUGACAACACUCACAAUCCUAUCCGAGACACUGGCCUAAAUUUCCAAAUUGCUUCACCUCUAGCCAUGGGGGCAGGUCAGGUUGUUCCUAAUCAAGCACUUGAUCCAGGUCUUAUCUACGAUGCUACUCCACAGGACUAUGUGAAUCUUCUCUGCUCAAUGAACUUCACUAAGAAUCAAAUCUUUACCAUCACAAGAUCACACAGUUACGGUUGCUCAGGCCCGUCUUCUGACCUUAAUUACCCAUCCUUUAUUGCUUUGUACACUAAUGAAACAGGUAUACUGGUUCAGAAAUUUCCAAGGACUGUCACGAAUGUUGGCAAUGCCACGGCCACUUAUAUAGCUAAGGUUGAAGCACCAAAAGGCUCUGUAGUCACAGUUUCACCGAACACACUGGCUUUUGAGAAGAUGUAUGAGAAGAAGAGCUACUCUUUGACUAUACGGUAUAUGAGUGACAAGAAUAGGACGGUUACUUUUGGUUCUAUAAUUUGGGUAGAAAUUAGUGGUAAGCAUAGUGUGAGGAGUCCUAUAGUGGUGUCACCUAUUAUCAAUGUUUGGUAGGUCCUUGUUUGAAUUGUGCAUGGGAUAAUAAGGAAUUUCCAUUUCGAGUGUGUUAAUGUCACAUGAAGAUUUGUGUCCACAGAAAUACUAUUUAAGUUCCUUUUGAAACUUGAAAAUAAAGCUUUUGGCAUGACCACUGUUG